AAUAAUUAUUGUUAAAUUUGUCAAAUAAUUGUUAUCAGUAAUUUUUUAAAACUAGCUACCUUUUUGAAAUCAAAAGUACCAAUCGUAACCGAUUUUUACUGUCAACCUGUGAAAUAGGAUUAAGUUUCAUAUAAGGAAUUUAAAGGGAAAACGCAAGUUUCUUAUCUAAUGUUUUAUAAUUUAUGGAAAAUCCUUCAAAGUUGUUUCUUUCAUGUUAAGUGAAGCUUGUUUUGUUGUUAAUUUGUGAAAGAAGUAUAAAUCUUUUAAAGUCAGCUCAUUACAGUUAAAAAAGAAAAAAAUAAUAAUGGAAGGUGAACUGAAACACAACAUUGAUAAGCUAGUUGAAGAAUUACGAUUUGUUGUAAAGUCAGAAAAAGAGAUCAAAGACAUAAUUCAAGUCUUAGAUUCUAUUGUUAAUGUUAGCAAAACUUCUAUAGGAGAGGCUACAGAGUUCACCAUAGACGAUGUUUUCUUAACUCUUUUGCGUCAUGAAUCCAAGGAAAUUAUUGCAAAAACUGCUAAAGCAAUUGCUGAAAUUGCAAAAAGUGAAAGAGGAAGAGAAAAAUGCACUAGUACAGAUUUAGUAAAUGCGUUAAUAGAUCUUUUAAAGGACGAACGUGUUGAUGUAUUAACGCAGACUUCCAGGGCAUUGGGAAAUAUUUGUUACGAGAAUGAAAAUGGUAAAAAGUUUGUGGAAGAUAAAAAUGGAUUGAUGUCAAUUUUGGCAGUAUUGGAAAAAAGUGUGACGCUAAAGAAUGUAGAAGGUGCACCAUUCCUUCGUAAUGUUGCUGUAGGACUUUUACUUAAUUUUCUUAUCGAUCGACCAUCUCUUCACAAGGAGGCACUGCAACAGGAUAUAGUACCAAUUAUAUGCAGCAUUCUGGAAAUUGAUGGAACUACAGGUGGAGAAGCUGCGAUGCAUGCCCUUCUAAUAUUAGGAAUAUCGAAUGAUGCGAACAUAGUGUUUCUAGAUGAAAGACUUACAAGAAUUUUAGUAGAUAUUUUGGGAACUGAUGCAUCGUCAGAACUUUCUGAAAUGUGUUUGGAACUUUUUCAUGGUCAAGCAGAAGAUGAAAAAGCAAAAUUAUUACUUGCAAAUGCAGGUGUCUGUGAGUUGUUAUUAAAACUUUUGGAAAAACAUAGUCCGUAUUGCACAGACGAAGAGACUAGAUGCGUCUUGAAGAUAGCUUGCAACUUAAUUGUUCUUGUCUUGACUGGAGAUGACAGUAUGAACAGCCUCUACGAUAACAGUAACGGUAUUGUAUAUAAGAAACUGGUCGAAUGGCUUGAAAGUGAAGAUAGAGAUUUACAAAUUACAGCAGUAUUAGCAAUGGGCAAUUUUGCACGUACCGAUGCUCAUUGCAAACUUAUGGUUACGCAAAAUGUUCAUUGUACUCUUCUUAAAUUGCUACAAGAUAAUAAUACAGAUACUGCUGAUAUAAGGUUUCAACAUGCUUUGCUUAGCGCUUUAAGAAAUCUUGUUAUUCCUGUGGAUAAUAAGCCUGUAAUAUUAAAAGACGGUUUAUUAAAUAUUUUAUAUCCAAUGAUAAACAUUUCGUCGUAUCCUGUGGUCUUCAAGUUAUUGGGAACUUUAAGAAUCGUUAUCGAUGGUCAAUCUGAAGCUGCAAUAGAAUUAGGAAAAAAGGAUGGCUUAGUAGAGAAGGUUGUCGAGUGGUGCGAAGUUGAGGAACAUCCCGGAGUUCAGGGUGAAGCGAAUCGCUUAAUCGCUUGGUUAAUCAAUAAUAGCAGGGAUAAAGGAAUAACAGUUUCGGUAAUAGAAUAUGGGGCGAUAAAGCAUUUAGUUAAAAUGUUAACAGCCCAACAUGUUCUAAUGCAAAACGAAGCUUUAAUUAGUUUAACGAUAACAACCACAAUUUCCUUAGAGGAAUGUGAAAAAUCACUUCUCGAGGCGGACGUAGGAGAAAAACUUUGCAAAUUUUUUAAUCCUCAGCACAAUUUGGAAAUACCUAUCUUACAUAAUGUUUUGUCACUGUUGGUUAAUAUUGUUAAUUCAGAUCAAUUAAGAAAACAUCUUGGUAAAACUAAUUUAAUAACGUUAUGUCGAGAAACGAUUCGAGUGAAAGAGGAUUCAAGUCUUCAAGAGAAGUUGGAAAAAAUUUGCGACAAGAUAAUUUAAUAAGGUACUUACUAGGAAUACAGAGGAAAAAAAAUGACAAUUUUUUGUAAGGUGUGCGGAAUAUACAAUUUUUAAACAUGA